AUCAUUGAACAAAGAACACAACUACUAAAAAUGGUGUCCCAAGGUAUUUCCUUAACUCUAGUUUUUCUCUUGGUAACACUAAUCACACUUGGUGAAGCCAAUAACAACCGUAAGCUCCUCUACACUUACAAUAACUACCAACCACAACAUUCUCCUCUUCCAUCUCCGGUAUAUUCUUCUCCGGCUGAUCUUCCUCCUCCUCCUACUCCGGUCUAUUCUCCUCCUCCAGCUGAUCUUCCUCCUCCUCCUACUCCGUACUAUUCUCCACCGGCUGAUCUUCCUCCUCCUACUCCGAUCUAUCCUCCUCCGGUUGCUUUUCCUCCUCCUCAAGCUUAUCAAGCCUACUAUUACAGGAAAUCUCCACCACCACCACCUUCUAAAUAUGGAAAAGUGUAUCCACCUCCUCCAGCCAAACCAUGGUGGUGGUUGUUGUGAAGCGUCAAAGACAUUAGUCCAUUAAUUAUGUGAUGUCUUUGAUGUCUCUUAAUUUCCCCGAGGUUUCUUUUAUAUAUUUCAGUUACGAUUUUUUUUUUUUUUCCUUCUCUUUUUUCUCUUUUGUAAUGUGAGUGAAGUUUGAAAAUCUUUGAU